AUGUUCGUGUUACUCGAGCACUACUGUGACCCAUCGUUGGACAUCCAGGAUACGCCACUCAAGUCCCAGUUUCUGGUUGGUGUCUACGGUCCGUGUAAUAUCAAAGCGCGCGAGAUCGAGAUCCCAGUUUUCAUGAAACGCCCCCUGUUUAGAGGGAUGUGGAAUAUUACCGAUGGAAAGGUGCCCGAUCAAGGGGAUGCCACGGUGAUUAUAGUCCAGGAGCUGGCCAGUAUCAAGUCCCACGACGAAGCGGCGAAGAUGAUUGCCAACUCGCUGAUGUUGUGGCUAAGCAAGCCGUUGGCGUUCCAUUAG